AUGGAGAUUAAGGUGGAAAAUGAGACAUCCCUAUAUCUUGAUGAAGAGAAAGCUCCCCUGCUUGUAAAAUCAGAACUGCCUGAAGUGGAGAAAAACCUGAUACAACAGGCAAUAAGCCAGACAUUUAAAAGCACUGCGCACCUCGCCAAUCUUCUGCCUACUGGAUCGGUACUUGCUUUUCAAUUUUUAUCCCCCAUAUUCACAAACCAAGGGAAUUGUGAUGUGGUUGGUCGAUCCAUGACUGCUGCUCUUGUAGCACUUUGUGGACUGUCAUGUUUCCUACUGAGCUUCACUGAUAGUUUCAAGGAUCAAAAAGGAAAUGUUUGCUAUGGGUUUGCCACAUUGCGGGGCUUGUGGAUAAUUGAUGGAUCAGAGACUCUCCCAUCAGAAAUCGCAGCAAAGUACAAGCUGAAAUUUAUAGAUUUCAUGCAUGCCAUCAUGUCAAUAUUGGUUUUUGCGGCUGUUGCGUUGUUUGAUCAGAAUGUGGUAAAUUGUUUCUACCCAACACCUUCAUAUGAAACACAGGAACUGCUUACAGCUCUGCCAGUUGGUAUUGGCGUCAUCUGCAGUAUGUUGUUUGUGGUGUUUCCUACGCAACGUCAUGGCAUUGGCUUCCCCCUCACUGCUAACUAA